AUGUCCAGCUACCAAGGCCACGGCCGCCCGCAGUACGGUGCCUCUUCGCCCAUGCACCACCACCAGCAACAGCCGCCUUACCAGGGCGCAUCCUACGCGUAUGCUCCUCCAAUCUCAUCCCCCCCUUUCACCCGCCGCACCCUGCUUCUCUCGGCUGACUUGCAACUGCUCUACUUCGACGCAUCCAUCAGGCCCCCCCAACAAUCACCUCAGCCAUACCCGAAUCAGGGUCAUCCCUCGCCUCAGCAUGCCUACUACCAGCAGGCACAGCUGCAGCAGCAACAAUUCGCUUACCCACAGCAGCAGCAGCAGCAGCAGCACAACUCCAGCCCGCACCAAUAUCAACAGCAUAACUCCAGCCCGCACCAAUAUCAGCAGCAAAUGCCCGGCCAGCCGCCAUAUGUUGCCCGUCCUGGCGCCGCACCCUCUCACAACCAUCAACACGGCCUCCAGCAAGGCCGCCAGGACACCGUCCAGGCUCCUCCGAGCACACCCCAGCACUUUGGAAGCGGCGCUCCCCAGAGCUACUCGUUCAAGUACUCGCAAUGCACUGGCCGGCGCAAAGCUCUCCUCAUCGGCAUCAACUACUUUGGCCAGCGCGGUCAGCUGCGCGGCUGCAUCAACGACGUCCGCAACAUGACGUCGUAUCUCGCCGAGCACUUUGGCUACAGACGUGAAGACAUGGUCAUUCUGACCGACGACCAGCAGAAUCCCAUGAGUCAGCCUACCAAGCAAAAUAUUCUGCGAGCUAUGCACUGGCUUGUCAAGGACGCGCGCCCCAACGAUUCCCUCUUCUUUCACUAUUCUGGUCACGGCGGCCAAACUAAGGAUCUUGAUGGCGAUGAGCCGGAUGGCUACGACGAAGUUAUUUAUCCCGUGGAUUUUCGCCAGCAUGGACACAUUACUGAUGAUGAAAUGCACCGUAUAAUGGUUUCUCCUCUCUGCGGUGGGGUACGAUUGACAGCCAUUUUCGAUUCCUGCCAUUCCGGCACCGCGCUGGAUUUGCCCUACAUCUACUCGACCCAGGGUAUACUCAAAGAACCUAACCUGGCCAAAGAAGCGGGUCAGGGUCUCCUCGGUGUUAUCUCCUCAUACAGCCAGGGUGAUCUUGGUGGCAUGAGCAGUCAGAUUGUUAGCCUCUUCAAGAAGGCAACCAGCGGCGAGGAGGCGCACAGUCGUGCCCUUGCCACCAAGACUUCUCCUGCCGAUGUCGUCAUGUGGUCCGGAAGCAAGGAUGACCAAACUUCUGCCGACGCUAGCAUCGGCCUUCAGGCGACCGGCGCCAUGUCUUGGGCUUUCAUCACCUCGCUCAAGAAGAACCCCCAGCAGAGUUACGUCCAGCUGCUCAACAGCCUCCGCGACGAACUGUCUACACGAUAUACGCAAAAGCCUCAGCUGUCCUGCAGCCACCCUCUAAGUACGCCAAUCUAG